GCGCCUAGGCUGCGCUCCCUGCGGCAGCUGCCGGCGGUCGCGGGCCAUGGGGGGAAAGAGCUUCCUCCUCGGCGUCCUGACCCUCGCCGUCCUGCUCCUGGCCGCCGCCUCGGAGGGUGCGGAGCCGACGUCGAGCUGCGAGGCGGUGCGGAAAGUUUUCCAGCUGCGGCGGCUCGGCCCGCUCGGCGGCGUCCCGGAGUCCCCGCGGGCAGGUGUUGAUCUCCAGGUUUGUACUUCUAAAAAUCCAACAUGCUGUACCAAAAAGAUGGAAGAAAGGUAUCAGACUGCAGCAAAGCAAGAUAUACAGCAAGUGCUUCAAACAUCAAGCGCUACAUUAAAAUUUUUAAUAUCUCAUAAUGCAGCUGCUUUUCAAGAAAACUUUGAAAUGCUUCUCAGACUGGCUGAGAAUUACACAAGCACACUUUUCUGCAAUGCAUAUAGGACUAUGGCUGCUGAGGCUACUGUGCAUGUGCACGAGUUUUUCACAGAUGUUGGACUCUUCUUAUUUGGCACGGACGUCAGCACAGAGGAAUUUGUGAAUAGAUUUUUUGACACCCUGUUUCCAGUAGUCUACAACCAUGUGAUUAACCCCGGUCCGAGUGACAUUUCACUGGAAUACGCGGAGUGCCUCCGAGUGGCGAGAAGAGACAUCAGGCCCUUUGGCAACAUUCCCAAAAAGGCCAUAGGACAAAUGGGAAGAUCACUCUUACCCAGCCGGACUUUCUUACAGGCUCUGAAUUUGGGGAUCGAAGUGAUCAAUACAACAGAUCACCUGCACUUCUCCAAAGACUGCAGCAGAGCUUUGCUGAGAAUGCAAUACUGCCCACACUGCCAGGGGCUGACACUGAGCAAGCCCUGCAUGGGCUACUGCCUCAACACCAUGCGAGGCUGCCUGGCUGACCUAGCAGAAGUUGAUCUCCACUGGCGGGGGUAUAUCCAGUCCCUGGAGGAGCUCUCAGGAGCCCUGAGCAGAGCACAUGGCAUUGAGCAUGGGCUGCUGAACUUCCAUUCCCUUGUUCAUGAUGCUCUGGGACAGGCUCGGAUCAACGGGCCGGAAUUAUCUGAGCAGGUGAAUAAGAUAUGUGGUCCUCCUGUAAGAAAGCCUAAACAGUCUCCAGGUUGUUCCUCUGAUCAGAACAAAGAUAAUCAAGGUUUGAAGAUGUUCUCCAGAGACAGUGAAGAAACACUAGCCAGCAGAAGAAAGGAAUUUAUUGGCCACCUCCAUCUGUACAGAGCCUUCUACGGCGGCCUGGCAGAUCAGCUGUGCGGAAACGAGCUGGCAGCUGCCGAUGGACUCCCAUGUUGGAAUGGAGAAGAUGUCGUAAGAAGCUAUACCCACCGUGUGGUUGGCAGUGGAAUCAAAGCUCAGUCUGAAAAUCCAGAAGUAAAAGUGAAGGGAAAAGAUCCUGUAAUAAGUCAAAUUAUUGACAAGCUGAAACAUAUUAUUCAGGAACUUCCUUCUUUGACAGUGAGCUGAGACAUUUUAACUGCAUUCUUUAAGUACUGAGAGCUGUGGAAUUCACCUCCUUUGCGAUUAAAACAUUGAGACGGUGAAGCUCUGUUAGCUGCUCAAAGACACACUUCUCUGAAACGUCUUAGCCUAUCUUGGACACCUGCAUGUGGCUGGCAAAUUUGGCAUGGGACCCACAGGUGUCAUAGGAGCAACAGCUGGAGGCUCUGCAGGAUAGACUUUGCUGUCUCAAACGACACUAAAUCAAUACCUGCAGUCAAGUGAAUUGAACCUCCUGUCAGCACACCAAUGGUGUCUAGAGAACCAGCAGAUCAAAUGUCAGGGUCUGUUUUUAGAGUGACACGAAUAGCUCUGUAGACUCUAUUGACUCUAUUUACUGCUUCUUCUCUGACUGUGAUGAUAGCUUAGAUUCCUAUCUUAGAGAUAAGUACAUGCCUGCGGCGUGUGCGUUUUUAGCUACAUUGGAAUCCUUGCAUAAGUGAAUUUUCUCAUGUGAAAAUGGAGUGAGAAAAUAUUGCUUUAGCCAUGGACCACGUUGGUUUCUCAUGUCAGUUUUCAUCUUUUGCUCCAUGCUGUAGUGCAGGCAGGGCUUCUGGCACACAAAAUCUUUUUGUUGAAAUUAAUGAUCUUGAAAAAAAUCUCAUUUGUGAUCUGGGAAUGUGAAUGGUUCUGUGGUAAGAAGCUGGAAGAUGUGUGUUAAAUAUUUGCUUCUAUCUCCUCCUUCCUUUUACUUUCCCUAGGAAACACAACAAAAUUUGUUGUGUGUUAACUUGCAGCUAAGUUUUUUGUUUGUUUGUUUGGGUUUUUGGUUUUUUGUUUUUAAAAUGAUUUAGUGGCCUAAGCAAUAAUAUAUCCAAGUACCAUUCCCAAAAAGAACUGAUUUAAAUUAAUCUUAAGAAGCUGCAAAAAGGUGAGUUAUUAGGCCAUUAGCCUUAAAACCUAUGUCCUUUUAUAUUACUGCUACAAAUAAUCUGUGAAUGAAAAUGAAUUGCGGUGUUUUCACUAGCUAAGGUUGUUUUAUUCUUUUCUAGUAGUAGAAAACUCCUAAACCGUGCUCUGACAUGAAUUGGUUUCAGUACUAUUAAAGAAACUAAAAAUUCAGCUCAGUGUCUCUCUUUAACGUUGCAAAAAACCCCAAAAUUAGAGGUGCACAUGAUUAUGUUUUGUGGGUAGGCCAUACCCACAGAAACUGUGGCCAUGUCUUUGCAAGCACUACUCCUGGAAAAUGUUUAGCAGUCUGAGAUUACAAUAAGUGCAGGCAUGUUUAUUGUCAUCCUUGAAAGGGUAAAAAAAAAGUCUGUGCAGUGGAGACAGGAAACACUAUUUUUCAUUUAAAUGUGUCCUUGAGGAGACCAAUACUACAAGGCAGAGCUGAAGUCAGUAUUUUAAAGGAGUGUGGAAACAUGCAGAAGAUACAGAGAAAGCUGUUAUGUUUAGGAAAGAUAACUCUCAGUCAGAACCUGCUAUUUAAGCAUAUUUAGCCUGCUGUUUAAAGCAAAGAAAUAUGGAGGAUGGUUUGGGAAUUAUUUUCCCGGUUUAUGGUAAUUUUCAGAAGGAAAAUUUGGAAAUUCAGCUUUAACCUGAAAUUUAUGAAAAUUAUGAUGAGAGAAAGCAGUUAGACAUGUUUGAGGAGAAAAUAUUUUUUACUAGUAAAGGUGGUUGACUAGUGCAAUAAUACAAAAAUUAACUUUUCAUACUGUGAGAUCAGGAAGUCAUGACUAAAUGGCUUUUUACAUUGUAUGCUUCAGUCAUAUCAUGGAGGGUUUUUCCAAGCUCAAGUAGAUGAUUCUUAAAAGCCUGG